CUGCUUCAGAAAUCAGAGUAAAUCAGAGCUUCGGUCUCUCCACUUGUUCUGAUACUGAGCAGUGUUUUUUAAAAGGAGGCACCUCUUGUCCGAUCUGAGUUGUGGAUUUGUAGAAAAAGUUUUUAGCGUUCCACCUGAGGCUGUUGGAUCUUGAGCCGGAUCACUGUGUCAGUUUCCUGGCCGCGUAUUUUGAACUGUGGAUGAAGAAAGUCAGAGAAAAUGUCUGUCAAUUUGAGUAAGAACGGCUAUGAACUCAUGGCUGCUUAUAAAGACGUGGUGGAUGGCAAGUCUAAUACGAACUGGGCACUGUUUACAUAUGAAGGAAACAGUAAUGAUAUUCGCCUUGCAGAAAAAGGAGAAGGCGGAUUAGAGGAGAUGGUAGAGGAACUGAACAGUGGGAAGGUGAUGUACGCUUUCUGUCGAGUCCAGGACCCCAAUUCUGGUCUGCCAAAAUACGUCCUCAUAAACUGGACAGGUGAGGGUGUGAAGAGCUCACGGAAAGGAGUAUGUGCCAACCAUGUGAGCUCCAUGGCCGGCUUCCUAAAGGGAGCUCAUGUGACCAUCAAUGCCCGGGCAGAGGAUGAUGUGGAGCCGGGGGUCAUCUUGGAUAAAGUGUCCAAAGCAUCUGGGGCCAGCUUCAAUUUCCACAAACAACCCAAAGAAGAAUACAAGGACGUACCCAGAGGACCUGUGGGUUCUGUAUAUCGGAAAGUCAAUGCCAUGGAGGAAAUUCAACAAACCAACAAGGACGACUUCUGGUCCCAAGCUCAGAGGGAUGAGGAAAUUCGGAGGAAGGAGGAGAGCAAAAAAAUAGAGCAGGAGAGAAAAGUGUUGGAGAAAGAGAGAAAAGAGAUGGAGGACAGACAGACGAGGGAGAGGGAGAGGAAAGCCAAGGAGAGAGCCCAGCAGAUUGAGCAAGACAAGAUUUAUCAGCGGCAGAGAGAAGAGGAAGAACGAGAGAGGGAGCAACAGCGAAUGAACCAUGAAGAAAAGGAAAACAAGAAGAUAGGCAUCAGUUUUACUGCAUCUGUGCAGAAAGCUAACGAAGCAAAAUCCCUCAUUUCUCAGAGAUCAUUCAACCCCAGAGACGUAUUCAAGCAGAAGGAGCAAAGCUUUGACGGCAACAACAGACUGUCCCCUGUCAUAUCCAGACCUGGGAAACUGCAGAGUCCAUUCCUAUCUCAGAGAGAAGCAGAAAAAGAAAUCCAGAGGGAGCCUGAACACAAACCCUUCUCAGAUCCUGUCCUCCCGCCUAGUCCUGCUCCAGACACUUCAGUGACCCUCCUGUCCCCCGUGACACCGGUCUCACCUGUUUUACUGGACUCACUUGUUGCAGAAGUCCCUCCCACACCAGCAGAAACUGCACCCUCACCAGUCCAGUCUGCAGAUGCUAUUUACACUGAAGAAGAGGAAUGGUCAGAUGAGUUUGAUGAUGAAGGAGAAGAUGAAACCACAUCAGCUAAAUCUCCAGUUGAAGACUUGUAUGAGUCACCACAGACACACAGGACGGAGGAGGAGGAUCUGUAUGAAAAUAUAGACACUGCAGCGGGUGAAGAACACCAUGUGGAAGCUGGAGAACAGAACAUCUGUGCUAAAGCUCUGUAUGAUUACCAGGCUGCGGAUGACACUGAGAUCACCUUUGACCCUGGUGACAUGAUAACUGGGAUAGAAAUGAUAGAUGACGGCUGGUGGAGGGGUUAUGGACCUGACGGACACUAUGGCAUGUUCCCGGCUAAUUACGUUGAGCUUCUCUAAUUGUCCGUGGAUUUUUAUAUCACUGUAAACAUAUGGUACUGGUGCAUGCAUUUUUUUAAUUAAAAAAGACCUCUGUGAUGACAGACAAUUGAUUAAAUUACUCAGUAUGUGUUUUAACUUGUU